GUCACGAGAGGGCAUCGAGGUACAAGUGUACAUGGUAGAGCUGUAUAAAGCCCGUUGUUCUUCAGUUAGAUGGUCAGUUAUUGUGUCUGUCGAUUAUCAAACAGAAUAUCAUCUACUUCUCCUCACUGCUAUUCCACUCAACUACAAUAUAACUAAAGGGCCUCAUCUUGUUUGACCGCCCAACUCACCUCACAUUGCCUCACCACCUACCUACCAACUCACGCUCACCCUAUACAACAAUCACCAUGGCCUCACAAGUCACUCAGGCAACUCCCACUUGCUGCGGCAAGAAGUCAGGAAACGAGUGCGUCUGCGCCAAGCAAGCAACCUGCUCCUGCGGCAACCAAUCCGCCCUCCACUGCACAUGUCAGAAAGCCGCCACAGAGAACGCCUUAAGCGGCGCGCGCUGCUCCUGCCGCGCGCGACCAGCGGGACACUGCACGUGCGACAACGCGGCGAAGGAGAACGCGACCGUCUCGGGCGACACGUGCGAGUGCGGUGCUCGGCCCGCGGGCUCGUGUACCUGCGAGCGGGCAGCUGGUUUGCCGAAUCCGAAUGAGAUUGACUUUACGACUCGGAAGUAAGGCGUCACCACGACGCGGAUAAAUCUUGUUCACUGGGAUUGAGGUCAGAGGAUAGGGUGGGAGGUUAGAACGGGGCUAUGUCUCUCGCUCUGACUCGGCCUGGUGCUGUUUGUACACUAUUUGCGGGAGCACGGUUUGGGAUUCUGUGAAACAAAGGGAUCGGAUAGGGUAGGAUUGGAUUGGACGGUAUGGCAUGGAUGAGGCGGCGGCGGUUAUACCACUGUGUUGUGUACAUGAUUCAGCAAUUUUAGCUGAAAGUCAUUUUCUCGGGCGAAUCUAUUUCUGCAUCACAUCUUGGUUUGGUCUUUGCCCCGUUUAUGAGUGCCUGUGACCAUGAUAAUGACUAUGUUGAGAUUGGGACGUGGAAGUCUCCCGAUGGGUGGGAAGGACAGGACUGGUUGUUCACCGCCUUCCGUAGGUAUCUAUCCAGCACACCAAAACGCUAAAUUUGGCUUACGAAGUACUAUAACGAGACCUUGAUCA